AAAAACACCCCUCAACAAAAGCCAAAACCACCAAACCAAGUAAGCCAGAAAACUAUAUUCCAAAAUCUUCCUUCUUGUGAGUGAACAAAUAAAUAGAGCAUAAGAACGUUAAAAUUGAAUAAAAUCUUCACAUUCUGAAACCCCAACAAAAUGAGCAUUAUCAAAAGGCACUAUUCUCACCCUUUUCUUCUUCUCUUCACUACUCUUAUUCUUCUCCUCCUUCUUCCUGUGUCAGAUGCUGCAGAUAACACAAGCUUGGUUUACAAAGUUUGUUCAGAUGAGAAACUACAUGACCUAUCUGGGGUUUACUCACAGAACCUCAAAUCCUUAUUGGUUUCUCUUGUUUCACAAUCUUCACAAAAACCUUUCUUCACAACAAAUUCUGGCACUGGCCAGAAUAAUAUGAUCAUGGGUUUGUACCAAUGCAGAGGAGAUUUAUCAAACACUGCUUGCUACAACUGUGUCAGCAAAGUUCCUUACAUUUUGGACAAUCUUUGUGGCAAGGUGGUGGCUGCGAGAAUCCAACUAAGUGAUUGUUAUCUGAGGUACGAGGUUGUGGGGUACAAGCAGGUUCCUGAGACUCAGUUACUUUACAAGGUGUGUGGUUCAAAACAAGCAAAUGGAGAUGGUUGUGAUGGGUUUGAGGAAAAAAGGGAGUCAGCUUUUGGCAUGCUGGAGAAUGGAGUGAAGAGUAGUAAUGGUGGGAAAUUGUUCUACAAAGGGAGUUACCAAUCUUUGAAUGUAAUGGGGCAGUGUGAGGGUGAUUUGGCCAUUGAUGAUUGUGGUGAUUGUGUUAAAAGUGCUGAGGAACAAGCCAAAGCUGAGUGUGGUGACUCAUUUCAAGCACAGAUUUAUCUCCAUAAGUGCUUCCUCAGUUAUAGCUUUUACCCUGAGGGAGUUUCUUCCACCAUGCCAUCUUCAACUGCAGAGUCAGCAGCCCAAGAAGGCACUCAAAAAACAGCAGCCAUUGCUCUGGGGAUAUUUGCAGCUAUUAUUUUCUGCUGCGUUGUUUUCUUGUGUGUCAAGGAUAAAAAAAGAGAUGGAACUUGGAAGUGAAUUUGACAAUUUCUACUUAUUUUAACCUCUUACACCACUUGAAGGAGUGUCAGAUAUAUGGGCAUUUAGGUUCUACAACUUGCCAAAUAAUGGAGUGACAUGUGUCAACUUAGUAUAUGAGACAGAAUGAAUACAUACAUUAUUUUCUAUAUAUCUUACAUGUCAAUAUAGAGUUAGUUUCUAACAUUUUACCUUAAAAUAUAAAAGGCUAUAUAGUUCAGGCAUUAAAGGUUUAAAGUUAUUGCUGCUUCAUGGUUGAUGUGUUUUGAGUUGGAUGUCCAAAGUUGAUUAAACUUUUGUUUCUCAUGUUGUGAAUAACGGAUGCCCAUCAUCAACAUGGUGGUUUGUACAAUUGUACUCAUUCAAAUUAAUGUUUGGAUGAGUUUCGUUGAGUCUCUUUCACCACUAAACCGCCCUAACCUCAACUCUGAAGUCCCAUCUUGAUUGUGUUUGUUCCCAACAUAACACUGCAAGCUGCAUCAGCAACACAUGAUUUCCCCUGCACCACUUAAUGCAGCAAAAUCGCAAUGGCAGUUUAAGACUAUGAUUAGCAACAUCAACUUACAGACUCAUCUCUCAACCAUAGAAAUUCCAACAAUAACACGAGACCCCGACAAUCCCCCAAAUUCGCUUUCAUUUUCAAGAAUAAGCAUUACGAUAAUCAUAGCUCGACCUACACGGGUAAAUUAAACAUCUAGUACUACCAUUAUCAUAAGAAAUCUGUUCUAUCUACAUCCAGAUUGCGGGUUUCCCACCGUAUCUCUCCAAACCAAAGACUACUCUAUUAUGGAUCCAAAUUUUAUUUAAGAGUUUCCCACCGUAUCACUUGUUAAUGCUUGUUAAUGCAGAUAAAUGAGUUAACCACUUAACCAGUCCAA